AUAAGUAGCUGUGGAGCUGCUGGGCGAGUGCGACAGCACGUUCCAGAGCUCACAGGAACUUGUGGACUGCAGCAAAGCCACAGGAGGAGGAGAGCCAGCUGGAGACAGUGUGUGGGCUGGAGAGCGCUGCCUGAACACCGCUGUAGGCUGGGCUCAGGGGACGGGCUGAGGAUGGAGCCGGAUUCGCAGUCGGUCGUAGACCCCAACAUGGAGGAGCUGUUCAGCCUUUUCUUGGAUGAAGAUAGUGACCCAGAUGUCGGGGGCGGGAAUGUGAGCGUGACGCUCCAUGAUGACAACCUGGAGAUUCUGACGUUACCCACCCCUGGCUUGCGGCCGACUAAACAGCCAUUCCACUACCAGAUCCGCGACACCAGCCACAAGGCCUUCUACCUGCGGGACAACAGCCUGGUGGCCGCGAACCUGCAGGGCGAAAACGCCAGCCACGAAGAAAAGGUCAGCGUGGUUCCCAACAGAAGGCUGGAGCGCAAGAGGUGUCCCCUGAUCCUGGGCAUCAAAGGCGGAAGCCAGGGCCUGUCUUGUGGAACAGCUGAGCAGCCCCGGCUGCAGCUGGAGGACAUGCACCUUAUCGAGCUCUUCUACAAGGAUGAGGAGGCCAAGCGCUUCACCUUCUUCAAGACCUACAACGGCAGCACACAUCGCUUCGAGGCUGCUGCCUACCCGGGCUGGUUCCUCUGCACCUCAGCCCAGGACAACGAGCCCAUCAGCUUCACCUCCCACCCAGGGGAAGCUGCCAUCACCGACUUCUACUUCCAGCCCAAAUAGCCACAGGGCGGGAGCCAGAUGCUGCUUCAGCCCUGCCCUCCCGGUGGCUAGCCAUGGUGGAGGGCUUAGAGCUACCCACUGUGACGGGUUGGAUCACAGAAACCCCCUUGGGAACUGCCAACUGAUGUGCCGAGACCACCCCUGCCCCUGCUUUCCUGCCCUGGCAGCCUAGGACUCCAGCACCUUGUCUUGCUGAGCCAGACACACCCGUCUGCUCCAACACAGACCCAGGGUCUGAAGUACUUGCCCCAAAGCUGCAGACUUGACUGAAAACAGCUUACAGAAGUGUUCCUGUCUUUUACAGUCAGAUGCCCAACUCCCAACGGGGUCUAAAGCCAAAUAAAUCCGUUUUACCCUG